UCUCGGGCACCACAUCAACUGGACUGCCCGUCUCCCUGUCAGCAAAGCUUGCCUCCGUCCCUCUGUGGCCUGGGACGCUCCGCUGGAAGGCGGGCUUACGUAUGGCCUGGCCAACGAAGCCGUGUCGUUCCUCGUCCCUUUGACCACCCGUGCAGAUGUCACCUUGAUUGAGCGAUUUCGGGAUGAUUCUUCCUUUAUCAAGGCUCUUGAUCCGAGCGAACGCCGUCGACUGCGCCAGCUCAAAGCUUGGCGUGAAGCUCGCCUAUUGCCAGAGCGACCCCGGCUGCACGUCUCGCAGUGGGCGCCCGGUAACCUUUGGCGCAGCAAGCUGUUUAGUUUCUCACCGCCCCGUGACACCUACCGCAUUUCACGUGCCAUGUAUGAGGCCACGAUCGUCCCCUCGGACUGGGCUCAAAAUUUUAAAGAGAUUGAUGAGUGGUGGGUGCCAUAUGACGGCAUGAAAACAAUUUUGGUGGACAACCAUGGCGUCUCUGCAAAUCGCAUCCAUGUGGUCGAGGAGGGCUUGGAUACACGGCGCACAUUCAACCCCGAUCUUUUCGAUUACGCUUCAAGCCGAGCUCGCAUCUACCCCAAGGAUGCCCAAGGCGGCUUCAUCUUUGUUUCCAUCUUCAAGUGGGAAACACGCAAGGCGUAUGAGGAGCUGAUUCGAGCCUUUGUGACUGCCUUUCCAGGCAAUGAGUCGGUGACCCUCUUCUUGCGCACCACCCCACCACAAAGUCUGCAGGAUAUAGUGUCUCGACUGGUAGGCAAGCGCGAUGAACGGAUACGUGUUUUGGAGCGCCAAGAGGACCAUCGAUACAUGCAGAUGCUUGCGGGUGCGGACGGCUUUGUGGCUGCCACGCAUGGCGAGGGUUGGGGCCGUCCCAUCAUGGAAGCCAUGGCCAUGGGUUUGCCCACCAUCGCCACGAAUUGGUCUGGGCCCACGCAGUUUAUGACGCAAGAUACCGGGUAUCUGUUACCAGUCAAAGGACUGGUGGCGGCCACUGGUCUUCCUGGGGCUGACUCACGGGCUCAAUGGGCAGACAUCGACGUGGGGCUUCUGGCAGGGCUCAUGAAGCGCAUUGUUGAGCACCCCAACGAGGCACAGGCCGUCGGUGCCCGCGCCCGUCAACGCAUCGUGCAGCAUUAUGAUCAGGACGCCAUUGCCGAGCAGGUUCUUGAUCGCUUGCAGCAAGCUUGUGAAAGGCAACAGCGAGGCAUUCUUCCACGCCACUUGGACACGCCGCAUGUCCACCCUCGCCGCGGCAGCACGCCCGCCCCAACGACACCACCACGCCGUGGUCGGCAUAAACGCCGUCGUCGAACGACGCGGCGGCCGUCCGGCCCCCCACCACGAUCAUAACGAAGCAUCUUUCAGCUUUGAGAGACAUCAGACAACACUCUCCUCCAGCAUCCGUUUGGGUAAACACAAAACCCAUAUUUUCUGAACUGUAUAUGAUUUUGCACCCCUUGCAUUUGGGUUCAAACCACGUCCUGUCGAGAUGCCUUUGCUAUUCCAGAUGCGAGCUUCUUGUUGGAUCGAGACACCCUAGUGCCUUGAUCUUUUCCGAGUAAAUUCACACAACUGACUC